AGCUUUAUAAGAAAUCGGAGACCGAAAAGGGUCACACGUGUGACCUAUAUCCACAAACGUCCUUCACCUUUUGAUAUAGAAAGCGGAAGUAGGUCAACGGGAGGUGUAAAAGGCACGCGACGGGACGGCAACACAUUUUAUUAUUUUUUUUCACCACUGCACAAUGGGUUUUUAAAAUUAGAUCAUAGGCACAUAGAGCACUCAUGGAUGACCAGAUCGACGAUCAGGAUGGGCCGAUCACGUUUGCAGAUCUUGGAAUAAAGAAGAGAGAAGCAACGACAGAGACGGUCCUAGGCAAGACCAGAACAUGGCAGGAUUUAGAGAAAAAAGAAAUCGCCUUUUUCAUCAUCGCAAUCAUCAGUCUUUUAGCCUCACUAGGUGUCGCCAUCUACAGUGCUGCCACACAAACUGGACAUGAUUUCACUUUUGCACUUCUGAUAAUUGUAAAUAUUGGGUUCUGCUUUCUGUAUGUAGUGGAAGGGGUUCUGAGAGAACGUCCGUAUGAAACCUUCAUAUUUGUCAUUGCCAAUGUCAUCAUCAUUGUGUACGUCUGUUCCAACUUUGCCAUUACAUACCCAGAUAUUGCUAAUGGAAAAGAUGAUGUUAGGUUCACAGUUAAACUGGUACGACUCAUAUUCACUGUUAUCCUGGUCCCGUUGAAUGUGUAUUUAGGGCUCUGGGUGUCGUACACAUAUUUCCAGUCAGGGAACUUGAUAUUCAGGACAGUUGGAGCCAGUGAGGACUUACAGAACUCCUGCAAGACUCUGUUCUUUACGGAGGCAGCUCUCAAGUUUGAUGUCCAGAUGGCUUCUAGUAUGCUGAUACUCAUUCUGAAGGAUGGCCACACAACAGGUACGCUAGGGAUCUGUGUCCUGACCAUAGGGUUUGCCUUCACUGUGGUUUGGGUACUACUAGGGUAUUUUGCUGUGAGAUUUGAAAACAAGAUUCUAACAUUCAUUUUCUUUGCCACGUCUGUAUUUGAACCAGGCUACAUUAUUUUCAAAGUAUACCAGGCAGCUACAGAUGUGGCUUAUGAAAAUCAAGAGCCAGACACCAGUAUAGAUGCAGUAACAUUUGUAGGGGCAGGCUUGGCGCUGAUCGUGCGCAUCAUUUUGCUGGUCUUCUGUUACAAAGUGUACAGAAAUUAUGGAGUUGGGCUCAAAGAAAAAGUAUAUGGAAGUCCUAGCAGUGACAUUGAAGAUGAUCCAGAGGACGCCACAAGUCAAACCCAAAUACAAGUCCAAUACCCUGCUAAUGCACCCAUAAAUCCAGAAGCCUAUGAUGAACCACCACCUGUUGCCUCCGAGGAAAAAACAUAGAAAGUGCCUCUUUUCCAGUCCUAAGACAAUCCAAGCCAAGUGUUAAAAAAAAACGUGUCAGACAAAACUUCAAUAUGUGCCUUAAACUUGAUAGCCCUCUGGUUGGUGUGUUUUCACAUGACAAACAUGACCCAUAAUUUCUGUUUUUGAUAAAAUAUAUUAAUGCAUUCAGAUAUCUCUGUGGAAAUGAAAGUAAAUAAUUAAGGUGACAUAUUUUACUAUAAUAUAGAUAUAUUAAUUCCACGUAUAAAAACAUCAAACUUUUAAAUUCCAAAGAAUCUAUGAAUGUUGCAAUUUUCACAAAACUUUAUUUUAAGUUAUGCACUGGACUUGUAUAUAUGCGCUAAAUAUUUUAUCCUAGUUGAUCCAGUUUGAUGUUCUCGAUUUUAUUCCAUAAAAGAUUUUAUCAUUUUGUUAGCUCACAUCAAGCAGUUUUACUGAAUAUGUUUCACAGUUUUGAUCUACUCCAAUGCAGAAAGAUCUGUUGUGUUUACAGUAUGCGAAAGCUUCUGUAGAAUGGAAGAUGGUGGAUAAAAA